GAAGCGCGGCUGCUCGCCCAGUGUCGCCAGUAGCGUGUGAACCCGCCUUUCCAAGCAAGUUUGAGCGCUGAAAACCUACAGCAGCCCGUCUAUUCAGCACUUCUUAUACAAUUUUUACAGCAGUAUGGUGAGAAGAGAAGGAGAUGACACAUAUUCCGCCACUAAUUUGUUACACAAAAAAGGCAUUUGGACGAAUGGGAUCAAAUUUGCCAGUAAGGGAGAAGAGAAGAGGGGCUUGUCAGUGUGCAAUAAGCUUUGCUAUGCAGCCGGAGGUGCUCCAUACCAGAUCACAGGAUGUGUGCUGGGAUUCUUCCUGCAGAUUUACCUUCUCGAUGUGGCACAGCUGGAUCCUUUCUACGCCUCAAUAAUCCUGUUUGUGGGUCGAGCUUGGGAUGCAGUGACGGACCCCUUGAUCGGUUUUCUGGUCAGCCGGAGUCCCUGGACCCGCUUCGGCAGGAUGAUGCCCUGGAUCGUAUUGUCCACUCCUCUGGCGGUGAUGUCCUACUUCUUGAUCUGGUACGUCCCCCCUGUCGAGAAAGGCAAGGUCGCCUGGUACCUGGUUUUCUACUGCCUCUUCCAAACUCUACAAACGUGCUUCCAUGUUCCCUACUCCGCCCUUACGAUGUUCAUCAGCUCCGAGCAGAAAGAGAGGGACUCCGCCACUGCAUACCGAAUGACCGUAGAAGUAAUGGGAACACUGGUGGGCACAGCGAUCCAGGGCCAGAUAGUGGGAGGAGCCACUGCUCCUUGCAUCCCAGUGACGACUGACAGCGUCCAGGACUUGAACUCCACCGGCCUGCAAGUUGGCUUGGAUGUCAACGUCUCUCAUAUAUCUCUGGACCAGACGAAAACAGCCUACAUGAUCGGCUCUGCUGUCAUCUGCGGCAUCUACGUCCUCUGUGCAGUCAUUUUGUUCUUUGGUGUGAGAGAACACAAAGAACUGGGCCGAUUGAAGUCGGACCGUUCCAUGUCGUUCCUCCAAGGGCUGCGCCUGGUCAUGAGUCAUGGGCCGUACGCUAAGCUUGUCAUGGGUUUCCUCUUUACCUCCCUGGCCUUUAUGCUCCUUGAAGGAAACUUUGCACUGUUUUGCAGCUAUACACUGGGCUUCAGAAAUGACUUUCAGAACAUUCUCCUUGUUAUUAUGCUCUCCGCUACCCUGAUGAUCCCUUUCUGGCACUGGUUCUUGACGAAGUUCGGAAAGAAGACGGCAGUGUUCCUAGGCACCGCGUCAGUCAUUCCUUUCAUGAUCCUGCUGGUCUGCGUGAGGAGCAGCCUCAUCGUGACAUACGUGUUGACCUUUGCCGCUGGUGCCAGUGUGGCGGCUGCCUUCCUCUUGCCAUGGUCCAUGCUCCCUGACGUGAUUGAUGACUUCCAGGUGAAGAACCCGGGCUCUCGCGGCCACGAGGCCAUCUUCUACUCCUUCUACGUCUUCUUUACCAAGUUUGCCUCUGGCAUCUCCCUGGGCAUUUCCACUCUGAGCCUUAAAUUCGCAGGGUAUGUGACCAGAGGCUGCUCCCAGCCAGACGCCGUGCACUUAACCCUGAAGUUGCUGGUAUCGGCCGCACCCAUCACGCUAAUCCUUCUGGGCCUCCUCAUAUUCUUGGUGUACCCCAUCAACGAGGAGGUCCGUCAAGGCAACCGCAAGCUGCUGCAGGAGCUCAGGGACAGCCAACCGGACUCGGAGGACUCUACUGAGCUGGGAACUGUGUAGGAUGCAGGCCACGCCUCCAGCGGAAUACUGCAGGAAGGGUGGGGGAGGCUUUGCCUCGAGUGUUGAGCACCAAGUGCUCAACCACAUCAAAGGCACUGUGUUGUUCACCAACCCCCCCACCCUCACCAGAGACCUUUGGGGGUCAAGGUCACUCGGGCUUCUCGCUACAUGGACCAGCAGGCAUUGAGAGAUUGUGAGCCCUUACAGACAAAAUGCCAAUGUUACAAAAGACGUUUCUGGGGUUUUUUUUUUUUUUUUUUUU